AUGAACGGACCGGCGCCGGGGGUGGCCGUGGAGGGCGCCGUGCUGGGCGCCACCGGCAUGAUGCCCGUGGGCGGGGCCAUCAACGUCGGCGGCACCAUGGGCACGGGCAUCACCCUGGGCGGCACCAUCAAGAUGGGCGCCUCCGCCAACAUGCCCAUCAUGGGCAUCAACGGCUUCGGACGCAUCGGCCGCCUCGUUGUGUGCGUGAACGACCCGUUUCUAGACCCAGAUUACAUGGCCUACUUAUUUAAGUACGAUUCCACCCAUGGUCCUUUUCCGGGGAGCGUGGAAAGUAAAGAUGGUUUAUUGUAUAUCAACGGCAUGCCUAUUGCUGUAUAUAACGAAAAAGAUCCCAAGGCGAUUCCAUGGAAUAAACAUCAAGCAUCCUACGUCGUGGAGUCCACUGGAGUGUUCACGGAAGCAGCCAAAGCGGCUGCGCAUCUGGAAGGAGGCGCCAAGAAGGUGGUGAUAUCUGCGCCCAGUGCCGACGCUCCGACGUUUGUGGUGGGCGUCAACCUCGACAUGUACACCCCGAACAUGAACGUGGUCUCCAACGCGUCGUGCACCACCAAUUGCCUGGCACCGCUCGCGAAGGUGGUAAACGAGAACUUCGGAAUGAUAGAAGGGCUUAUGACCACCAUUCACGCGACCACCGCAACGCAGAAGACCGUGGACGGCCCCAGCGGCAAGAACUGGCGCGACGGGAGAGGGGCCCAGCAGAACAUCAUCCCGGCUGCGACAGGCGCAGCGAAAGCGGUCACCAAGGUCAUCCCCGCGCUGGAGGGCAAGCUGACGGGCAUGGCCUUCCGAGUGCCGGUGCCCGACGUGUCCGUCGUCGACCUCACUUGCAGGCUGGCGCGCGAGGCCUCCUACGACGAGAUCAAACUGCGCAUUCGCGAGGCUGCGGAGGGCCCGCUGCUGGGCAUCAUGGGCUACACGGAGGAAGAGGUGGUGUCCAGCGACUUCUACAGCAGCACCUUCUCCUCGGUCUUCGACGCCAAGGCCGGGAUGGCGCUCAACAGACAAUUUGUACGAUAA